AUGUCACCAAUUUGGUAUAUUUUAAAUAUUUAUUUUUUGCAAAAAUUUCCAUUUCUAACUUGUCACCCAAAAACUUUCAAUCUCUCCACAUUGAAACAUUUAAUGAUUACAGGUGAAGAAGAAUCUUUGAUGCAAAUAAACAAGGAUUAUUUUCAAAUGAAAUCUUCUUCAAGAAAUUUUGAUAUCAAAACUUAUGAAUUAAAACCAAAUGAAGAAAUACUAUAUGCUAAUAUACCACAAUAUAUUAUCCAACCACCAUCUAUAUUGUAUACAUCAAAAUGGCAACCGGCCAUUGUUCAAUGUGUUGCAGAACCAGUUAUCCUGUUGUAUAUAGUUUGUGUUACUAAUCCAAACAAUCCAACUAGACGAUAUGAUGAUCAAGAUUAUGUAGAAUUAUCAGCAGCAUCAGCAUCAUCGUCCCUUGAUCAAAUCAAUCAAAAUGUUAACAAUCAUGACAAUGCGUUAUAUUUGAAAUUAUCACAAAAUUAUACAAAUAAACAAAAUCGUAAAACAACAAUUCGUUUAAUUGAUGAGAAUACAGUCGAGGAAUGGUUUGGUGAUUAUUGGUGUCAGUGCGAGGCAUGGAAUAAUAUUUUGGAAUUAGGUGAACCACGUGUACGUAUUAGUAAUCAAACACAUGUACGUAUUGCAUAUUUAAAUAAACGAUUCAUAAAACAUCCCGAGUCAACAAGAAUACCACUUGGUUGGACGGUAGAAUUCACAUGUGAACCACCAGAUGGGAGACCAAUACCAAAGGUCUAUUGGAUGAAGAAUGGACGUAAACUUGAAUUUAAUCAUUCACAAGAUUCAAUGUCGAAAUCUUUGAAACAAACAAAUCAUGAUGUGCCUAAUUAUCAAAUUAUUAAUCAUGAUUUAAAUAUUAACUAUUCUGGAUUGAUUAGUCGUUUAAUUAUACAUCAUACACAUUUGAAUGAUGAAGGCAUUUACACGUGUGUAGUUGAAAAUCAAGCUGGACGACGUAUUUCAUCGAAUGCUCAACUUACAAUACACACUGAUGGUCACUGGUCAUCUUGGUCUUCAUGGUCAAAUUGUCCAAAUGAUUGUGUAAUACAUCAGUCUAACACUUCCCUAUCACAAUUAUCAAAUCACAGUAAAAUUUCCAAAUACACUGAUAAAUUAAUAUGUUCCAUGCAAUGUCGUCAAUUAUUUGGUCAACGUACAAGAUGGUGUAAUGCUCCGGAACCACAUGGAGGUGGAAGGAAAUGUUACGGUGAAAAUAUUGAACAUUUAUCUUGUUAUGAUAUUUGUCUAGAUAAUUUAACAACAAAUUCACAACAAAUCAAUCAUCAUGAUGAUUAUUUACACAAUGAAACCAAACAAAUCACUGCAAUAGAAUUUGGUUUAUUAUUUGGUUUAGGAUUAGCUAUUGUAUGCUUUUUAAUAGCAGCUACAAGUGUCUUGUAUAUAUUUGCUAAUAAAUGGUGUCCAUUUAUAUUGAAAUUUCUGCCUAAUCAAACAUUAUUAUCAAUGAUGAGAUUAUUUCAUACUACAUCAAUAAUACAUUGGUUAAAAUGUAAACAAACGCCGAAUCCAUGUCAUAAUACCAUAAUAACAACUGGCAAUUCUUCUUUACAUGAUUUCAAUUCACUGCAACAAUUUAUGGAAUAUAAAAGUGAAACGGCGGUUUAUUCAUUAAAACAAAAUCAGUUCAAUGUACAAUUGAAUGGUGAACAAUCGUUACAUUAUGAUUGUGUUAGUUUAAUGCCAUUGAAUAGAAAUAACAGUAAUAAUGAGAAGAGUAUCACAUCAAUAAAUCAAAUCUAUACAGAUUAUACCAAUCAUUCACAUGUUAAACCUUCUUCUUAUAUAACAAAUUAUAAUCUUGACAGAACAACAUAUCAAUCCAAUGAUAAUAAAUAUUAUCAUAAUUCAUUAAAUUAUUUUCAUUCAAACUUACCAAUUCAAUUAAAUUCUCAACAAAAAUUAUCCACAUAUAUAAUGACUACAGAUAAUAAUACAUUUCAUCUACCAUCCUAUUUAACGAAUAGUCAUAGUACACAAUUUAUUCAGAAUUUACAAUUACUAAAAGAAUUCAAUCAUCAAACAACUAAUAAUUCACCUCAUUUAAAUCAUUCAUUUAAUCAGUUAAAUAUGUUUAUCCACUCUAAAGAUACAUUUCCUUAUCCAGCGGUUAGUCAAGGUUACUUUUUUACUCCGACAACCACGACAUCAACAACAGUUUUAAAUACAAAAUUAACUACUAUGGAAGAUUAUAUUAGUCCUUAUUUUUCUGUAGAUAUAUCAUCUAAUGUGACGAAUAAUAAUUCCAGUUUAAAUUCAUUGGAUAGUCGUAAAAGAACUAACUUGAUUCAAUCUAUUGUACCGAUAUCAUCGUAGGAAAA